CUUUCCCCGCCAGAGGGCCUGGGCAGCGCCGCUUUGGCUCCACACGAAGCCGGGGAGGGAUCGGGUUUCACAUCCUGAUCCCGUCCCUCUCCCUCUCCCUCAGCCUUCCUCGCCCAGCCAGAGGAGGAGGCCCGGGAGGGAGGCGACAUGGCGGAAAGAAGCAGGUUAAACUACUGAGCUGCUGAACUUGCAGAUUGAAAGGUCGGCAGUUUGAAUCCGGGAAUCGGAGUGAGCUCCCGUUGUUAGCCCCAUCCUCUGCCAACCUAGCAGUUUGAAAACUUGCAAAUGUGAGAUCAAUAGGUACCACUCCGGCGGGAAGGUAACGGCGCUGCAUGCAGUCAUGCCGGCCACAUGACCUUCUCAGAUUGGGUGGAGAUCAUCGAACCCCGUUCUCGGGAGCGAAUGUACGUCAACUUGACAACUGGUGAGUGUGGCUGGGAUGCUCCAGCCAACCUCAGAGUUCGCCAGUCUGAUGAGAACCAGUGGUGGGAGCUCUUUGACCAAAACAACAACCGCUUUUACUACUAUAAUGCCAUUACACAGCAAACAGUAUGGCACAGGCCACAGGGCUGUGACAUUGUGCCUCUUGCUCAGCUCCAAGCCAUGAAACGCAACUCCCAGUCUGACUUCAGGACAUCUCAGCAGAGGAGCAGCGCAAGUAGUGAUGGGCGAAACACUCCUAUCCAAAUGGCUCUUGUUCAGGAAAUGGAAAAGUGUAAAGAAAAUAACAGUCUGGAGAAGAGAUCAGAGACUGGAAGAGAUACUCCUACUCGAUGGCAGCCUUUACCAGGCACUAAAGCAGCCAUGCUGGUCAAAGUCAACAGUCUGAGACAAGUGAAUUCUUCUUCAAGCAAUUCACUUCAAAUGCAGAGCAAUGCAGAAACCAGCAGUCAGAAAUCUCUGCUGCCAACACCAGUUGUAUAUGCCCAGCCUCAGUCUGUAGCACCAAGCGCAUUGGCUCCAAAACUUACAGCUCCAGUUGAAACAAAGCAGUCCAUGCAAAUUAAGAAGACAGAGAAUGGUGGUUUUUGUCUAGUGUUAACUAAUGGACUCCCUUCUCACCCUCCUUCAGGGAGUCAGACACGAACACCACAGCCUGCAUCUCCAAAGUAUGCUUCACCAGCACCAAUAUAUGAUGAGCCAUCAAUUGACUCCCCAAUUUAUGAUGAACCUCCUGUAGAUAUGGACACUGGAAAUGCAAAUGUGAAUGGGAUAACACCACAAAUGUCACCAAGCAAUAGCUUAAAAAAGAAGCCCCAAUCAAUUAAAUUAUUACAGCAUCCAAGUAUGCAGCAACACCAAGCUGGGAAAAAACAUGUGAGAAGCCCUUCUGCAACAGAAUACAGCCCCGUCGGAAGAGAAUAUAUUAAACAUAUGGUCAACAUUGAUCAAUCAUCCAAAAACACUCACUCUCCAGUGAUGAUCAUUGAAAGCGUUGCUAAACCUCAGCUAGGGCAACUUAUUUCCAGGGACAGCUUCAAGCAGUCUUGGAAAGUCUUAGAAGCAAAUGUUCUCAAAAAUAUGGAGGCCCAUCACUGUCGGCAGAACAGUCUUCAAGUGCAAGAAUAUCCUACAGUUAUAAGUCAGCAAGAUUCAGGUUACUCAACAGGACCUUCUCCAAGCCUGAGAAAGAGAAAAGGAAGACGGCAAGCUCCAGGCCAGGGAAGGCCCGGCUCUGUAGGCAGUAGCAGUGAACUCAGUGCUCUGAACGAUAAGCUAAUUGCAGAGAUGCGGGCUGUGGUGAAUAGGUCUGCUGCCUGCAGAGAGAGUAAAGGCAGCUUAGAUGCUGAAAUGCUGGAAAAUGCUAGUUUGCCCGAGGUCAAUAAAAUUAAGUUUCAAUCAGAACGCUUGAAAAAGUGUAACAGCAGGAGCUCAAGAGAUGAUGUGACUUCUAGUAACAGGUCCUUAUACAGGCCUAGAAUGGACAGUAGGGCAAGUGUCUCGAAUGACCCAACCGUACAGCAAGAUACUGUGAGGCAAAAGAGAACCUAUGAAAAAAUAGAUUCUUUAGAAAAGAACAUGGCCAGUCAGACAAACCUGUCUUCAUCAGACAGAGCACAAACGUCACCCCAGUCUGGCACAAUGGGAUCUGAUUCCCAGCAAGAAAACAACGACCAGCCUUCUACAAACAUGGGCUAUCAAUUUCCCUUCCACACCAUAAGGAAGCCAAUUUCUCAAAGUAGCAUGGCUGACUGGGCUUCCAAAAACUUAAAUAUGCACACUCAGGGUAUAUUUCGCCGAAGGCUCUCCAUUGCCAACAUGCUGUCUUGGAAUGGCGGCUCCAUCAAAAAGCCAAUGCUCAUCACCAGCAACCAUACCAUCAAAAAAGAAGCUUGUGAAAUGUUUAAAUUGGUACAGAUCUACAUGGGGGAUCGGCAAGCCCGGAUGGACCGAGAACAUGUGGCUUUGAUCACCAUCACCAAGUGCUGGACCAUUCAAGGUUUACGGGAUGAGCUAUAUAUCCAGCUAAUCAGACAAACAACAGACAAUUUGUGCUACCGAGGCCUAGCAUGGGGCUGGGAACUCAUGGCCAUCAGCCUGGCCUUUUUCUCACCAUCGCCUAAGUUCCAGUCUUAUCUGGAAGGUUACAUCUAUCGUCACCUCAGCCAGGUCAAUGAUGAAAACAUUACACACCGCAUUAAAGAGCUUCUGGAUCUGAAAAACAAAAAGAACUCAAAAUCCAGGAAAAAGAGGAAGCAAAACACAGAGGAUGAAGGCCUGCCGAUCAGCACUUAUGCCAGAUACUGUUACCGAAAACUGCAAAAGGUUGCAGUCACUGGAGGCAAAAAGGGUCUCCGAAAGCCUACAAUUGAAGAGAUAAUACAUGCCAAGAAUGCUAUUGUGACACCUUCACUGUUUGGCAGCUCUCUGGAAGAAAUCAUGCUACGGCAGCAAGACAUGUUUCCAGAUCACAAGCUGCCUUGGGUACAGACACAGCUAUCUCAGCAAGUUCUAGAAUUGGGAGGAGAACAGACUGAAGGAAUAUUCAGAAUUCCUGGUGAUAUUGAUGAAGUCAAUGCUCUAAAACUACAGGUGGAUCAGUGGAAGAUUCCUAACAAUUUGAGUGAUCCCAAUAUACCAGCUUCUUUGCUGAAGUUGUGGUAUCGGGAACUGGAGGAGCCUGUAAUUCCACAGCAAUUCUACAAAGAGUGUAUCAGCAACUAUGAGAACCCCGAUGCUGCUGUAGCAGUAGUGGACCUCCUGCCAGAACUCAACAGAUUGGUCUUAUGUUACCUCAUUCACUUUUUGCAGAUUUUUGCCCAGCCAAUUAAUGUGGGCAAAACCAAGAUGGACGUAAACAACUUGGCCAUGGUGAUGGCUCCCAACUGUCUGCGAUGCCAAUCUGAUGACCCCAGAGUUAUUUUUGAAAAUACCCGCAAAGAAAUGUCUUUCCUACGCAUGCUAAUUGUACAUUUGGACACCAGCUUUAUCAAAGGAGUGGUCUGAUGGUUUGGUUUCAAACAAGAGUGUGAAGAAAGCAAGGAAUUCUUGCCGAUAUUACCUUCCUUGAGCAUUGGAUCUCUCCCUUUACAGCCUCUAGGCUCCUGGGAUUGUUUCUGUUCCUUUUAACAGGUGUUUCUUAACUCAAGCAUGGAUGAUGUUGAUGACUAAGAAAGCCCCAUAUCGGAAGGACUUUGGAAGCAUCGUGGAGCCAAAUCCCAGAAUACGUAUGAAGUAAUUCUUGAAAUCCUCUGCUAUUCGCUUCCUAGGCAAAUCAAAAUGUCAGUCGGUGCAAUUGCUUCAUAACAAAGUGUAUCAACCUGCUAUGUUUUACACUGGGAAAUCCACUGUACAUUAAAUGCUCAUUCAUUAGAAUGAACAUCUCUGUUACUGAAAUUUUACUUCCACUUCCUAAAGUCUGGGUGCUUUUACAUAGGCUUCGUUCCCAAAGCAGAAAUAAUUGCUGUCUCAGGCUGCAAUAGUUUAUGCCAGGCCUUGGAACAGAACAAUCAGUUCUGACAUGUUCAUUUAUUGGCUUAAGCUUUCACUAGUAAUUUUUCACCUUAAAGGGCAUCUGUCCUUUUGGACAUCAUUCCUGGAUUCAGUUUCUUAGCAGUAGAUCAGCUGCAGCUUAUGAAACAUUAGCUGAAUCUCUUUGUGAAUGGUGUUGUUUCUCACCACUGUCCACAUUAAAAGAACUAAUUGGAAUGCAGUGUUAGAAACCUAAGUAAAGUGACAUGAUCUUACAACAGGAUCGGCAAACUAUUAAAGCCUAGGACACCAUAUUGCUGCCUCCAGAAGAUUUCAGAAAACCAUACUCCAGCUCCUAUAACCACAACAUUUUUGCCCCCAAAUGUCCUGUGGAGGUGUUUUGUCCACUCUCAUGCUAUUCACUUCCUGUUUGUUUGUUUUUUAAAACAGCAUAGGCCAGAGAGGCAAAAGCAUGGUGAAAAUGCCCCUCACUUUCCCUAGAGGGCAUUUAAUAGCAAAAUAAUUACACAUGGGAGCAAAGAAAAAACAGCCUUGAGGGGUCACAUGCAGCCCCUGGGUGCUAUUUUGUCCACUCCUGUUUUACAGUAAAAACAGUAAUGGGCUGGAGGUUGGAAGACAGCAAAAUGUUUCAACAGUGAAGCUGUUUCUCCCUUCUGUCACCCAUUGUAUCUUGGAAAGAGGCUGUUCAAAUUUCAAACUACUAUUUGUCCCAGUGCUUGGAUUAGAUGACUCAUACUGCAGAGAUCCUCGACUCCUUCAGAGUUGACUUUCUGUCAUAGCAAUGUAAAUAGUUUGUACGAUUAGGAUUCCCUCAGACGGGAAAUUGCCAUUUAUGGUAGGCUGCAAUCAUGAUGACUCUUGCUUCCCUUCUUCUUUCUCCGACAUAGACUAAAAUCAGGUAUCAAGUUGCUGUGAAACUCUUGAAAGCAGGAGCAGCUACCUUUGCUGCCCUCAAGAUGGUUUUCUGUGCUCCCAUUUCCCACCCAGGCUUAUUCACAUGAUGCAGAUCUUCUGGUAUCUUCCCACUUGAGUUAAAAGAAACUGUCAAGAGUUCAGCAAUUUUGGUUUUUUGCCAAAGCACUAAAAUUAACCCUUUAUUUAUCAUUUUCCAUAAUUUAAUUGCCCUUCAGGUUCCAUUUGUAAUGGAGUGGAGAAAACAAACAGGUGCAUAUAUUAUACCUAUCUUUCCCCCACUCUCUAAUACAAGAUGCAGGUGCCCAAUAUAAAAUGGAGAACUUAUAUGAGAAAGACAGAGUUAACUACACCAUCUCCUAUUGCCAUGAUAGAAAUGCAAUAUCAUCUGUGGCACCUGAUUUUUCCUCCUUACUUCAAAAAAUAUAGAAAGAUCUGAUUAUGGAAUUUCCCAUGUCAAAUCCUGUCAAUACAUCUGGUCUGAAAACCCUCAAUUAAAAUAUCUAGAUAGAAAGGGAAAGGGAGGUCAAAAAAGACACAACGAAUUUGAAAAGUUGGUGGCACAUGAGAGAAACCCUAAGUGGAGGAUUUCUUGUGCCAUCUCAAGAAUGGGAUAUCCCUGUGCAACUCCAUUCUGCCUUUUCCUAAAAUGUUGGCCAUUUCUCAUCAGUGCAGGAGUCUUAUUGUCCAUUCAGACACUAGACCCUAUGCUGUUCUAAUCAUGGAAGGACUACUAUGGUCUCAAUCCCGCUUCUCCCUUCUCCUUUCACAAUAUUAGCAACUCCCAACCCUGUUCAGGCAUUGUUAAGCAGAGUAACUUACACAUGUGAGGAAGUAGAAACAUUGUCCUCCUGAUCACACUCCAUAAAUAGGAGUCUGUCUUCCAAACAGGACAAGAAAAGGGAGGGCAGUGGGACUAGGUCACCAUCCUUCUCAUGCAUCUGACUUACUUUGUUUUGGUGCCUCUGAAGAGGUCUUUCCUUCUGACGUUUUGGAACUGAGUGCAGACUUUUUAACAAAACUGAACAGUUUACCUCCUUGGAAAGAGGCUGGCUAGUUUAAUGUAAAGGGAAGAAAUCUGUUGGAAACAGUCAAGCUUGUUUAUUUGUGAAAUCAGUGCUUUGGGCAUUUCCUGUGCCAGUAACAAUGUGAUGAAUCUUAGAGAUGAAUUAGUACCCGCAGGUUAGGAGUGGAUGAAGGAAUACGUGUUUCCCUUUGGUUCCCAGAUACUGUGAUACUUACUACAAGACUAUUACAUCUCAUUAUAUAGAAUAAAAAGUUACUACUGUUUCCCACUUGAGCCAGUUCAGCUGUAAAAUCAAAUCCUUUAACUUGGUCUGUGUGAUAAUGCCAAAGUCCCUGUUCUUUCUUUACCUCAUAGUGUGCCUUUUUCAAUUGUCUUUUGAGAUUUAGCUUACUGAGACAAUUUAACUUGAUCAUCUGGGAAUAAUAAUUCCUAGUAUCUAAAUAAGACCAUUUCCUGAAAAUCAAACCACACUUUAUGUUGAUAAGUGCAUCUCCCCUUAACAUAAUUUUGGAAAACAGAUGGUGUGGCAUAAUUUUUUCAUUGGUUUGCUGCUCCACUUCACUGGUGGUUUCAGUUAGUAUUUCUGCAGCUAUGCUCAGUGUAGUGUCACAUGGCUUUUUCAACUAUUUCUUACUAUUGUGACAUACAUAGAAUGUGUGGUAGUCUUAUUGACAACUGCAUAUAAUGAAGUAGAUCAGCCUGAGAUUUCCGAGGAGCUAGGUGCUAUUCAGAUAGGCUCCUCUGCCAGAAUUUGGCCAGUGCUCUUUAGAUAAAAUCUGAAAUGGAUAUUGUACCUGUUGUGCCAGAAGAUUAGGACUGGAAUCCCAUAAUACUUACUUAGGAGUGAGCAUCACUGAACUCAAUGCGACUGACUUCUGACUAAAUAUGAAUAGGACCGAAUGUUAAAAUGUUGGUUUAAAAACACCCACUAAACUUAGGAUUUUUUCAGACUUGCCAGAACAAGAGUUAAUUGGGUCUGCUUCUUUUACAAAGCAACAAAUAAUGUUAGUAUCUUAGUCUUGCACAAAUUUUAUGCUCACACAGCAUACUCAUUAGGUAAACUGUCUCUGUCUGUGGUUAAGUGAUAAGAGUUAUUUCAGUUUAUGCAUUUCCUUGUUCAAAUGAGAAAUUUUAAGUAAUACGUAGGGUGUCAUAUACCCUUCCACCCCUAAAAGUAGACAUUUUGAAUUGGUUUUAGUACAUCCUUUGGGAACACACAGGUUUAUAUACUGCAUCUAACUACAGUGGUGGUUAAUCAUUAAAAACCCACUGGCACUUAGGUAUAACACAAACAUGGAUGGACUUUUUUAUAUUAAUGCUCUAUUUUCUCUCAAAGGCUGUAAGAUAGGCUAAAAAUUACACUGGAUAUUCUUUUCUUUUUGCCAGUUUCUUUGCAAAUGUGAAUCUGCAAAACAUACUGUUUCUUAUUGUUUCUAAAGAAUAAUUAAUUAAACAUAUUGUGGUUAA